AUGUCUUCUAGCGAAAGUGCCGUUAGCUGCAACUCCUACAAUUCGAAUGUUCCUACAUGUGGUUGUAGUCGUCCUAUAAAGAUGUGGGUAGCUAACACCGUCAAAAAUCGCAACCGAAAAUUCUGGAAGUGCAGAAAUGCAGGGAUGGACAAUAGUUGUGACCUUUUUGCUUGGGAUGAUGAAAUCACACCUUCAGAACAAGUAUGCAAACAUUGUAAGUUGGCAAAAAUGAAGAAUGAGUUGGUAGAAGCAAUGCUGGAAAAAACCAAGGUGAAGCAGGCUCAUUUGAAGAGAAGAAUUUCCCAACUGAAAGUGAUGUUGGUGAUGUCUUGGAUUGUAAUGGGUGUAUUGUACACUUAUAUGUAA